GACAAGGACAGGGAGUUCAGUAUCGAGUGCUGACUAUCAUAACAAAGGAGUGAUGUGCUGUGCUACUAAUGAAGAAGGACAAGAGUGCACCCAACUGUAUGACUACGACCUGGACCGUGAUCCAGAGAAAAAUGAGGAGGAUUUUAAUGUGACUGUGAGCUCCAAGCAGUCUUUGCUGCUACGCUGCCGAAGUAGGAAUCCUAAGCCUGUGUGGAAGAAGGACAACGAAACACUGGAUGCCAGAAAAUUAGCAUGUUCUUCUAAAGAUAACAAAGAGCUCUGUAUUAAAAGUGAUAGGCAUUUGUCAACUCGUAUGGCCUACGUGUUCAUCAGAUCAGUUAGUGAGGAGCACAGGGGCAUGUACACCUGCACAGGAGGGGGAAAGAUAGCUAAGGCUGUUGACGUUCGUAUCCAGGAUAACGCUUCCCUCGAUGCCCAGUUGAAUAAGAGCAAGAUCAUACCAGCUCAGAAGGCAUCGAGUACUUGUCUGCAAGCCAGUGUUUCUUACCACCCUGUGCUCCACUACUGUUCCUGGGAGACUCCCGAUAACAUGAGAAUUAAAUGCACGAGGGAAACGUUUGUUACGAAACACAGGACUGUAAGGCUAUGUCCUCAAAACCCUUCACACCCCUCACUCAUAACAGGAGAUUAUAAGUUACACUUGAUGGCUGGGAACCAAUAUCUAACGAAGACUAUAACAGUGAAGGUUGUAG